AUAUAGGAUUACAGAGCUUUUUCAUGUUACUCAAUAGCCAAAAUCUUACUUCAUAUGCUUGUUCUUUUCAUUUAUGCUUGCAAUGGCACUGACUACAGAUACAUUUUUUGAACGAAUUGGGAGUUUUGGUCGCUUUCAGAUUGCGCUCAAUUUGUUUUUCAAUCUGUGUUCUCUAUUUUGGUGGGCUGUGCCAGUGACGAUCAUGGUGUUUAUAGCUUCAGAACCCAACUGGAAAUGCGUAAACAACUCCACUUGCCCAUUCACAGACAGCAUUAGUAUCAGAGACGAGAGAUACAACCACAGAUGUAACAUUUUGAGGAAAGACUGGAGAUUCGAGGACGACUUUACAUCAGUUGUCACUGAGUUCGACCUUGUUUGUGCCCGCAGCUACUUGGGAUUCGUAUCAACCUCUGUGAUCUUCGCAGGUUUCCUUGUUGGCAGUAUUGCUAUUAGUAUUUUGUCAGACAAGUUUGGAAGGAAGCGGCCUCUCUUCAUCUGUGGCUUUUUCUGCUGGCUGUUCAAUUUUGUUUCCGCAUUUGCUCCAACGUUUUGGUUUUUUGUUCUUUGCCGUAGCAUAGUUGGCUUUAUGCUGGCUGGGUACAGCAUUCCUAUGUUUGUGUUGGCGAUGGAGUUUUCUGGGAUUCGCCACAGAGGUGCCGCAGGAGCACUCGUUUGGACUGGUAUUGCUGUGGGAAGUCAGGCGUUAGCCGGAUGUGCUUACGCCAUCAGAGAUUGGAGGCUUCUGACCAUCGUCACAGGAGCUCCUGGGAUUAUACUUAUAGGUGGUUGGUUUUUUACUCCAGAGUCCAUCCGUUGGCUCCUCAAGAAAGGUCGAGAGACGGAAGCGAGGGACAUACUAAGUAAAGUUGCCAAGGUGAAUGGUAAAAGCAUGCCAGAAGAAGCAUUACAUUUGCCCAAGGAUGAGAGUAUAAGACUUGGUGACUUUCCUGAUUUGUUUAUGUCAGAUGGAAUGAUUCACAGAACACUUGGGUCUUGGCUCAUGUGGUUUGCAGUAUCUUUUAUAUACUAUGCGACAGCUUUCAGCGCACCGUUUAUUGGGGGUAAUGUCUACAUCAAUGUAGUCGUUGCUGCCGUUGAUGGACUAAUCGCAUACCCUCUAUCUGCUGUUUUGGCAGUCAGAUUUCGUCGAAAGUUUAUCAUUGUGGUAUCGUUUAUUCUAUCGGCUGCGGGAGCAAUUGGCGCACUUCUUUUAUCAGAUAAUGAUGACGACAACGGUUAUCUGAUUGGAAAAAUCUUCAUGUCCAUGGUUGUUGCUAGGCUUGCUGUUUCCAUCGCAUUCACACUGAUCUACAUUUUCACUGCAGAGAUGUUUCCGACAACUUUGAGAAAUGUUGCCAUGGGUACAUCAACGGCUGCUGCACGUGUAAGCGCUUUAUUGUCAGCCUUCGCUCCGCUUUUGCUAACCGUCCACAGGUUUCUUCCAUUUGGAAUAAUGGCUGGUUUGGCUUUAGCAGCUGCUUUUGUGUGCCUCACUCUAGUAGAGACUCACAACCAACCAACUGUAGAAAAUCUGUUACAGAACGAAGUAUGCCAACCGAAGAAUGAAAAGCCUGGUGACAAGGAACUCGUUGCCAAAGUCUAAUCGAAGACCCAAGAAAAUAAGUCAAAACUGUAUUGAAAUCAGACCACUUUGUUCUUUAGAGAUUGUUCUGUUCUUUCAGCUAAACUCGGUUUCAUGGCAAGAGCUCACUAACCCUAGCUGGUGAGGCUUCAUUACUUAAAGAGAAGAUUAACUUAGGGGUUUUUAACCGAGUUAACAGAGUAGUGUGUUAACAAAGGCAAUUUAUAAUCAUUACUCGUGGGGAUUGAUAGUUAGUCUUGGCCCAGUGAGUUAAGUCAGUCGACCCAUCGUCUCUGCCUUUAGUUGUCUCACUGAACUUAUUUCCAGCAAUUUAGACAAAAUUAUGGCUCCUAUCGUCAAAACGUCAUACAUUA